AUGUAUAGGAAGAAGCAAUCCUUAUAUGAUCAUUUGACUGCAUGGGGCAAUGUACGGGCUGCUUUGAAUCACACAUGUUUUCAAUGUAAAGAACUUAUCAUCAGACAUAAAGAAACUUUUCAACUACGACAAGGCUUGAAGAAAAAAGAAGAAGAAGAAAAUAAAAAAAAUGAUGAUGCAAAAGGUUCUUCCUCGACUACAGAGGAUGGGGUUGGCCUUGUAAAGGCUAAGGCGGACCGUGAUUUAGCAGAGAAGAAGAGAACAGAAGCUGUAUCCUUGAGAAAAUCUCGAGGAGAUGAUCCUGAAUUUCUUGAGAUUAUGGGAUUAGAAAUUGUUGAAAUUUAUGUGGGACCACAGAAGAAGCUGUUCCGAGUUCAUCGAGGGAUACUUUGUGAUAAAGUGCCAUAUUUACGAAAAAUGUUUUCAAGUGGCUUUGUCGAGGGACUUGGGGGUGAAGCAUUCUUUCCAGAGGAUGAUCCGAAAUGUUUUGAUUCUUUCAUGGGUUGGAUAUACUUUGGCACUCUUCGAGUCCUUAAUGCCUCUACCGCAUUAGAGAAGGUUGAGUAUGACCUGAACCUACUAUCAUUGUAUAGUUUCGCCGAUAAGCUAUGCCUAUCCGACCUCAUGGAUCUUGUUCUCGAUAUAUACAAAAAUACGUAUAAGAAGUCAGACAGAUUCCCUAGGGUAAGCUUGGUCAGCGAUGUAUACAAGAUGACACCAGCAGACUCUCCUCUUCGAAAUUUUAUGUGCCGAUGCAUGUAUUAA